CGUCGUUUGAUACGCCACAGCAGUAGCUCAAUAGGUUUUCGACUUUUAACACAAGUGCAUUUUAUUUUGAAGUAAAGUGCAAGUAAAAUAAUAAACAUUUACAUUGAAACACAAAGAAUGCGUUCGUGGUUAAUUUUAGCACUUCUGGUGUGCUUAGCACUGGCAGCUCAGGGAACAAAGCCGCCUCGCUGGGAUCCCAAUUACAUAGUAAAGGGCACUCUUUAUAUACCCUAUGCUGAGAUAGCCGAACCUUUUUACGCCUGGUACGACAAGAACACGAAACGCUCUCGCAUUGAUUAUUAUGGCGGCAUGGUGAAAACCUAUCAGCUGGCCGGCGAGGGUCAAUAUGGCACUGCUUUGAAGCUGGCGCCCAUUUCCAAUAAGGAAGAAUUAAACAAACUGAGCUGCCUGCAGGUAAAUGGAACCGCCGAGCAGGCUGUGGAAAUCCAAAGUAUAUUGCCCGAUGCGAAGCCAUUUAGUCUGGUGGGCACCGAAACUUUCCUCGGCUAUACGUGCGAUAAGUUCCGCUUGGAGCAGACGAUUGGUCAGAAGAAGAACGUCUAUACCCUGUGGGUGCGUUACAAGAAGUCGCCGCAUUAUCCAGCUAGUCGAAUGCCCAUUCCAGUGCGCUACGAGAUGCGCGGCUACAAUACACUGUUGGGCUCCCAUUAUGAUCAUUAUUAUCUGGACUAUGAUAGCUAUGAGCAUGAUGAUAUACCCAAUGAAGUCUUUGAGAUUGAUGAUAGCCUCACCUGCACUGGCUUCCCAGGCCCGGGUCAUUUUGCCACCUUCAAUCCGAUGCAUGAGUUCAUCUCCGGCAGCGAUGAGCAUGUGGACAAGGCAUUCCAUCACUUUAAGCGCAAGCAUAGCAUCGACUAUAGCAACGAGAAGGAGCAUGAGCAUCGCAAGAAUAUUUUCCGACAGAACUUGCGAUACAUUCAUUCCAAGAAUCGUGCCAAGCUAACCUACAAACUGGCCGUCAAUCACCUGGCUGAUAAGACAGAAGAGGAGAUGAGGGCUCGUCGUGGCUAUAAGUCAUCCGGUGGCUACAACUCGGGUAAACCUUUUCCCUAUGAUGUGAAUAAGUUCAAAGAUGAGAUACCCUCUCAAUACGAUUGGCGUCUCUUUGGAGCUGUCAGUCCCGUUAAGGAUCAAUCGGUGUGCGGGUCGUGCUGGUCGUUUGGAACUGUGGGUCAUCUGGAGGGCGCGUUCUUCCUCAAGAACGGUGGAAAUUUGGUCCGUCUCUCGCAGCAGGCGUUGAUCGAUUGCUCCUGGGGCUAUGGCAACAAUGGAUGCGAUGGUGGCGAGGACUUCCGCGUCUACCAAUGGAUGAUGCAAGUGGGUGGCGUGCCCACGGAGGAGGAAUAUGGUCCCUAUUUGGGUCAGGAUGGUUACUGCCAUGUGAACAACGUGACGCUUGUCGCACCAAUCAAAGGCUUUGUCAAUGUCACCACCAACGACCCCAACGCCUUCAAAUUGGCCCUGCUCAAGCACGGUCCUCUCUCAGUAGCAAUUGACGCCUCGCCCAAGACAUUUAGCUUUUACUCGAAUGGAGUCUACUAUGAGCCAGAAUGCAAGAACGAUCCGGAUGGCCUUGACCAUGCCGUGCUGGCCGUUGGCUAUGGCACCAUCAAUGGCGAGGAUUACUGGCUAGUGAAGAACUCCUGGUCCACUUACUGGGGCAACGAUGGUUACAUUUUGAUGUCUGCACGCAAAAACAACUGCGGCGUCAUGACCACGCCCACCUAUGUGGAAAUGUAAAGUCUCAGAUACAUUUGUAAUUACAUAUACAUAUAUUGUAAAAUUUCAUUUCUAUAU